GGGGUGUCGGCGGAGGUGGGCGGCCGCAGCGGGGCGCGCAUGCGCAGGCGGUUCACCUGGAAGCGGGCGGCUGUGCGCGGAGGAUGGUGAGGAAGAGGUUGGAGCCUCUGUUCGGUGCCCUCAACCGCAGGAUGAUGAAGCUGUUGAUCGCCCUCGCGCUGCUCGCCUACAUCGCCUCUGUUUGGGGAAACCUUGUCACAGUAAGGUCAUUACAAGAAGAAAAGGAACAGGGAAUUGAGGGAAAAAUAGAAGAGGCAAUAGCACCCUUGAAAGAAAAAAUUAGAGAAAUAGAAACCAGCAUAUCACAAAAAUACCCUCCAGUGAAGUUCCUAUCAGAAAAGGAUCGUAAAAGAAUUUUGAUCACUGGAGGAGCAGGAUUUGUUGGUUCUCAUCUGGCUGACAAACUGAUGAUGGAUGGCCAUGAAGUUACUGUUGUGGACAACUUUUUCACAGGCCGAAAGAGGAACGUGGAGCAUUGGAUUGGACAUGAAAACUUUGAACUAAUCAAUCACGACGUUGUAGAGCCAUUGUAUAUUGAAGUGGAUCAGAUUUAUCAUCUCGCUUCACCAGCAUCGCCUCCAAAUUAUAUGUAUAACCCAAUCAAGACAUUGAAGACAAAUACAAUUGGAACGUUAAACAUGUUAGGAUUAGCAAAACGUGUUGGUGCACGUCUCCUGCUAGCUUCCACCUCUGAGGUGUAUGGAGAUCCAGAAGUACAUCCACAGCGUGAAGAUUACUGGGGUCAUGUAAAUCCCAUUGGUCCACGAGCCUGUUAUGAUGAAGGAAAACGAGUUGCUGAAACAAUGUGUUAUGCUUACAUGAAACAGGAAGGAGUAGAAGUUCGAGUUGCAAGAAUAUUCAAUACAUUUGGUCCUCGAAUGCAUAUGAAUGAUGGCAGAGUAGUGAGCAAUUUUAUUCUGCAGGCUCUUCAGGGAGAAGGACUAACAGUUUAUGGUUCAGGAUCUCAAACCCGAUCUUUUCAGUAUGUAAGUGACCUUGUGAAUGGAUUGGUGGUUUUGAUGAACAAUAAUGUCAGCAGUCCUGUGAAUGUGGGGAAUCCAGAAGAACACACCAUUCUCGAAUUUGCCAAAUUAAUUAGGGGUCUUGUUGGGAGCAGAAGUGAAAUUCUGUCUCUUCCAGAAGCACAAGAUGACCCACAGCGAAGAAAUCCUGAUAUCAGCAAAGCUAAGCUUUUGCUGGGAUGGGAACCUGUGGUCCCCCUGGAAGAAGGCCUAAACAAAACAAUUGACUACUUUCGUAAAGAACUAGAAUAUCAGGCAAAUAAUCAAUACAUCCCCAAACCAAAACCUGCUAGAACAAAGAAAGGCAGACUGAGACAUAUUUAAUGCACUGUAGCAAGUGAGACAAGCCUCCUGUUUCACAGGGAAUGGAAUGAAAACCUCUGGAAAAAAAGCAUUACUGAAACUGAACUGGAAUUAUUCUUUGAGCUUGCUUCUACAGAUGGAUGUGCCUAAAAAAAACUUUCAGAUCUUGCCUUGCACUUUUUAUCUGUCUCAUUAUUUAAAAUAGCAUAGUGAUAAAUGGCUGCUUCGUUUUUGUACUUUUGCUUCAGUUUAUUCUAUUUGUCAUGAGACUUACUUAUCGCUGUGAAGGAUUUCCUCAUGACCCAUUAUAAAUGAAUAGAGCUAUUGAAAAUGGAAUUAUUUAUAACAAAAGGGUACUACUUUUAAUUUUAUCAACAUCACAUAAGUUAAUGGUUGACCAAACUAGCUAACAGUAUUGUCAGGUGAAUAACAGAGUGGCAUCUAUCUGGUGGUUGAUCUGCCAUGUAAGUGUUUCCUAAGCUGCAAAAUGUUACUCUUGUUUUUAGAGAGAGUUGUAAACUUGUUGUUUUGACAUUGGGGAAUAUAUUUCUUUUUGUAUGAAUCUAAUUUGUUAUACAAGUUUUUGUUGACUGUUACGUUGUACAUGAGCUUUGGAGGAAUAUGUGUAUAACUGGGUAAAGUGUUUAAUUGUGCUGAUUUAAUAAUGUCUUCUUGAGAAUAUUGUAUAAAAGUUAUUUUACAUCACCGAGGAUUAUAGAAAAGGUCAUCUUUGAGAUACUCAAUGCAACUCCACAUUUAUUAAAUGUAUAGGUACAUAGUUAUAAAAAUUAGACAAGUUUCCUUUUUGCUUACCAUUGAACAUGAAAAAAGAUUCUCUAUUUAAAAGGAAAACUAAUAAUGGCUAUUCCAAAUACUUUCCACCAAAUUGGAAUUAAUGUCAUCUUGGGACGUCCUCUCGAAGUGAAAGGCGCUAUAAAAAUGUAAUUUUGUAUUUUGUUUUAUCUCAUGGAGGAAAGGAAAAUCAUCUAGGGAUGGCUGUCCCUUUUUUUAAAAAAAUUGGCAGCUUUGCAAUGGCUCACUGGAUAAAUGCAAAAGCUGCACCAAGUCAAAAGAAUGAAAGAAGCUGUUUCCUAUAUUAGGCAAUAUAAUACUCUCACUCAUUUGUUCAACCUGCACAUGCAAAUAGAAACAUAACAAGCAAUUACAGAAACUGAUAUCGUUCUGACAAUCUGUGAGUUUAGACUGGCUUGGAGUGAUUUCGACCCACACAGAUCAGGAAGGCUCUAAAUUAAAUCCCAGCUCCCGAGCUGAGUUAGUUUUUCUCAGCUGGGACAGCAGAAGCCAUGUUUCUGUUGCCUUUAGUGGCCCUGGGCUAGAAGGGGGAAAAUAAUUGGCAAAGGUUCACGAUCAUCAUUUAAUGAUUCUCAAUGAAAGUCCAUGUGGAGUUAUGGUGAAGACAGAAUCUGGUUGAGCUAACAAGUAGUCUGCCAGUAGUUCUCAACCAAGUUCACAAGCUAUGUGAGGUGAACUACUAGAUAGUUGAUGGUAUCUGUGGAAUAGUGCAUAGCAUAGGCUAUUCAAGUGUGGAGUCCUGUAGCUCAGUGGUUAGAGCACUCGCUUUGCAAGUGA